AAUGAAUUCAAAUUUUCUCGGUUCACUUUUCAGCGUUUUAGAAUGCGUUGUGGCGGGAGUAGGGUCCUGCGGCCUUUUGCCGUCUAUUCAAACGAAUUUAUUUUUAUUGAUUAUCGAACGUAACUGAAGUGUUUUUUGAGUACCUAUAAAAUAAUACGUGUUAGUUGUUACUUCUUAAGAUUUCCGUAUGCUUGUCAGUAUCAUAGAGCUAAUGGAUCGAUAGAUAAAAUGGCUCAGAAAACGAUUUUGUCUUUCUUUGGUAGCCUUCAGUCCAAGAAAGCUCUCCAAGAUGCAUCUCGAGGAGCUGCACGGCUCAUCAGCAAUUGUGAUAGCUCUUCUGUAGAAUUGGCUAAAUCUGAAACAAAAAGUCCCUCUAAGGAUUCAAAUACUUCAGAUGAUUCACUGCACGAACCCACUGCUGGGUUUACUGCCUCUUCUGUGCCUCCGUUGAGAUUGACAGCUGAGAAAGGGAAGAGAAGAAGGAGAAUAGUUGACUCCAGUGAUGAGGAAAAAGAAACUGUCAAGAAAAAAACAAAGGAUGAAUCAGAUUCUUCAAAGAUGGUCAAGAACUCUGGUAAAUCUCUUGACAAUUCAGAGCCUCCAAAACUGAACAGCAGUGAAGCUUCUACUCGCCUGAGGACUGCCAAUGUCUCUUACCACGAUUUCUUCCGUCAAUUCAAAGCUCCAGAUCACAGUAAGGAUGAUAGCAAUCCAGCUGCUGAUGAGACUUCACCUGCAACUCAAGCUAAUUCUCCUAAAAUUAAAUCUCCUAUGAAAAGAUCAAUUACAAUUGAUUCACCUAAAGUUGAAACCCUCAAGGUUGAAUCUUCCUUAGACAAGCUUCCUGAAGACAAAGUUGAAUCUCCUAAGGUUGCAUCAAAAAAGAAAACCAAGAAGAAAACUAAAAAACCUGGUCGACUGAGCAAGGACGAUUCUCCUGAUGGCAAUAAGGAUGACAAGAGUGGUGACGUUGCUGAGAAAUCAACGCCGAGUCCUGUGAAAACAACAAUUAAUCCAUUUGCUGCCUGUAGCAGUACUACUGCUGCCCCUGGCGUGGCAUAUAAUCCCGCCAAGUCUAACUACCAUCCAGUUUCUGAUGCAACUUGGUCUAGGGAAGAGAAAGUACCCUACUUGGCGCUUGCUACAACUUUCCAACACAUUGAAGAAACCUCUGGCAGACUUCGAAUUAUAGAAAUCCUGAGCAAUCUUCUGCGUUCCAUCAUAGUUCUGUCUCCUGAUGACCUGCUGCCCACCAUAUAUUUGUGUCUCAACUCUGUUGCGCCAGCAUUUGCUGGUGUGGAACUGAACGUGGGCGAAGGUAUCUUGGUGAAAGCCAUUGCUCAGAGCACAGGACGCAGUGUUGACUGCAUCAAGGCGGACACUAAGCAGCUGGGGGACUUGGGCAAGGUGGCUGAGGCCAGCAAGAGCAACCAGCGCAUGAUGUUCCGGCCUGCCAAACUUACCAUCAACUCGGUCUUCCAAAAACUCAAGGAAAUUGCAACUAUGACUGGAAAUUCGUCGCAAGCAAAGAAAGUGGACAAGAUCAAGAGUAUGUUUGUGGCGUGCGUUGAAUGUGAGGCACGUUACCUCAUCAGAUCGUUGGGCGGCAAACUGAGGAUUGGAUUGGCUGAGCAGUCAGUUUUACAGGCUCUGGCACAAGCGUGCUACCUCACCCCUCCUGGUCAAGAACAUCCAGCCAAAAUUCUGAAUGCCGGCAAAGGUCUAUCUACCGAAAGCAUUAAAGCUAAAGUGGAGGAACUCGCUCUCAUCAUCAAAACAACUUACUGUGAGUGUCCGUCGUAUGAUCUAAUGAUCCCGGUGCUGCUGUCGUCUGGGGUGCUGUCUCUGCCGGAGCACUGCAAACUCACGCCUGGUAUGCCCCUCAAGCCCAUGCUGGCUCAUCCCACCAAGGGCGUCUCUGAAGUUUUCAAGCGAUUUGAAGACAACAAGUUCACUUGUGAAUAUAAGUACGAUGGAGAACGUGCUCAGAUUCACUUGUUGGAAGAUGGCAGUGUGCGCGUGUUCAGCCGCAACCAAGAGGACAACACAACCAAGUAUCCUGACAUCAUUCAGCGUCUCCAGUCAUCGCUUGGGCCAGAUGUAAAAACGUGUAUCUUGGAUACGGAGGCUGUUGCAUGGGACAAAGAAAAAAAACAAAUACUUCCCUUCCAAGUUCUCAGCACACGCAAGCGAAAGGACGUCAAAGAAAGUGACAUCAAAGUGCAGGUGUGCGUUUUUCCUUUCGACUUGCUGUACCUGAACGGCCAGUCUCUUGUACGAGAGCCUUUUGAGAAACGGCGGACUUUGCUCCGUGAGAACUUUAAAGAAAUUGAGGGCGAGUUCACAAUGGCUAAAAGUAUGGAUUCUACAAACACUGAAGAUAUUCAAGAGUUUUUGGACGAGAGCAUCAAAGGAAUGUGCGAAGGGCUGAUGGUUAAAACCCUUGAUGUGGACGCCACUUACGAGAUAGCAAAGCGCUCACACAACUGGUUGAAGCUCAAGAAAGAUUAUUUAGAUGGCGUAGGCGACAGUAUUGACGUGGUGGUCAUUGGGGGUUACAUGGGGAAAGGAAAACGCGCGGGUCAGUACGGUGGUUUUCUGUUGGCUUGUUACGACCCUGAUAACGAAGAAUUUCAAUCGAUCUGCAAGAUUGGUACUGGCUUCACCGAUGAGAGUUUGGCGCAACAUUCUGCGUUUUUCAAGGAACAUUGCAUUGACAGUCCGAAGUCGUACUACAGAUACAACAGCGCCGUGGAGCCCGACCAGUGGUUUGACGCCGUUCAGGUGUGGGAAAUCAAGUGCGCAGAUUUGUCCGUGUCGCCCGUGCACACGGCAGCGGCAGGCGUCGUGGACCCUGAGAAGGGCAUAUCGCUGCGCUUCCCGCGCUUCAUACGCGUCAGGGAUGACAAGUCCCCUGAGCUUGCAACCUCUGCGCAGCAGAUUGCGGACAUGUACAACAGCCAGGACCAGAUCAAAAACAGCGCAGCGGAAGCCAAAAAUAGCGCUGAAGACUUCUAUUGAUUGAGGGCUCAGAAGCAAGUGUUGUUGAUACAUGCAAGUUUCUAUCCCUAAGAAGUAGAUACCAUAACCUCUCUUAAUUAUCAUGUAAACAAUCAGGCAUAAUCGAUAUCAUAGAUCUUCAUAGGUUAAUAAGGCUCUCCUAAAGAUUUUUAGCUUGCAUGAACAAAAUAUAUGUUUGGCACAUAUCAUUUGUAUUCACAGUAUCCGACAUUGUGAAAACAUUCUAAUGAACAUUCAAUAAAAAUCGUUUUUUCAGAAAGCGGGCGUUGACAA